ACCGCUUUAAUCAGGGAGCUGUACGAACGCAUUUACUUUGGCGGUUGUGAACCUUCCCUGCGAAAGGAGAUCUGGCCUUUCCUCCUGGGUCACUAUCCCUGGUCAGCAACGGACGCACAGAUCGCCGAGAUUGACAGAAUCACACGUGCAGCCUAUGAAAAGGCCGUUUCCGAGUGGUUGGCUGUGGAGGCCAUCAUACAACAACGUGAAAAGGACGCAAUUCUAGAACGUGAACGCAACUUCGUGGAGACAAUGUCGCGAAUAGAGGACUCUAACCAAUCAUCACCGUCCCCGAGUCCAAGGCAGAAUGGUCGUUGGCCACCCCUUCAUCGGGCUAAUUCCAAUCAACUUGGUCCCCAGUCCGACAAGCCUACUAUGGAGGUUAGCGUGAAGUUUUCGUCUCAGUGA